AUGGACAGGAGCAGAGCAGAAAGUCACAAUGUGAAGCUCAUCAAAGCAGAUAGAGUUCCUGGUCAUGACCCAGUUCUUUGCCUCUCAUUUCCUCCAAGAGACCAUACAAUGGACUGUGUCAUUGGUCAUGGAGUUCACCUUGGCCGACCAAUUACUUCCAUCAAGAAAAAUCCAAGUUACAGUCAUUGCAAAUGGAUUCAAGCAGUUCACUCUGCUCCUGAAGAAGAUGGAAUGUACAAAAACAUUUCAGAAGGUGAACAAAUGCAAGAAACAGAAAUCCAACUUUGUAAAAUGGCUGAUCAAGUUAUCACAAUUGGACCCAAGCUGGCAGAAGCUUACAAGCGUUACCUUCGUCCAGUUAAACAGGAAGAAAAAGUUUUUGACCUUACUCCAAGCAUUUUCUCUGAAUUUUUGGCUGUAAAGCAAGCCACUGAAGAAAGAAGAACAUUCUGUAUUCUUGUAAUUGGAAGUGGUGACAACUGUGGAGAUUUCAAUGUCAAAGGGUACGACAUAGCUGUCAAAGCAAUUGCUGAGUUGAAAGAUGAAUCUUACAAACUCAAUUUUGUCUGUGCAGCUGGAGGAAAAGCAGAUAUUGUGGCAGGAAAGUUGCUCCAUGAUGGCAUUAGUAAUAAUCGGCUUAUUGUUCGCAGCUAUAAUGAUGACAGAGAAGUGCUGGCAAACUUAUUCUGUGAAAUGGAUCUUGCAAUAAUGCCAUCCAGGACAGAAAGUUUUGGAAUAACGGCUCUGGAAGCGUUAUCUGCUGGUCUGCCUGUACUUGUCAGUGGUAAUUCAGGACUCGGAGAAGCUCUGAAGAAAGUCACUUUAGGCUCACAGAGUGUGGUAGACUCUGAAGAUCCUAAAGACUGGGCCAAAGAAAUCAAGCGUGUCCGUCAGAAAGAGAGGGAUGUGCGACUUUCAGAGUCAAGAUUUCUACGUAAAAAGUACUUGGAGAAGUACAGCUGGGAGGAGCCAUGUAAGAGUCUUGUGGUAAAGAUGAAGAACCUUGUCUUUGGUAAAUUUACUUAAAUUUAAAUGUUUCAGCUUUAAAUGGUCUAAUAACUGAUAAAACAGGUAGUCUGGUAAAAAGUUGAAUCAGCCUUGAGUCAACUUGGACCUACAAUAAUCAUAAAUUCUUUUAGAUGUCAUGGAACAAAGUUGAACGAGGAAACUUUUCAAAAUGGCAAUUAAGGCUAUAAAGAACUUUUUUUCCCUAUCAUAAUUUUCAUAUAUAGUCCGGCUGUAACGCUUACGGCAACUAAAUUUUAAUCUAAUCGAGACUUUGCUUUAGGCUUUUAGUUAACGAGCUGUUGAGCCUUUAAUUGAUACCAAUCUGUUACAAUUGUUUUGAUUACUCGUAUCGAGAUAGGUAGCCAGUUUUCACUAGCAGUUUGAAAUGAUACAAUCUCCUCGCGGGAGGUGAUUUUAGCGAGAUAUGAUGCAAUCCUUAACCAACCAGAGUGCAUGCAUCUCAGUAUUCACCGGAGCAAUUUUGCUAAUCAGCCAUGAUUAUUAUUAUAAUUAGUAUUAUUGUUGUAAUUGUCCCAAAUUUCUUUGUUACCUAAUUGUUCUCCUAACGUCGCUAGUUUCAAAAAAAUUUAAAGUUUCUGCAUCUUCCUUGAAGUGUGAUGCCUUUUUUAAUUGCUUUUCUCAUUGUAUGAUUUUAGGCGGCACUUCUGUGAGCGAAGACAACAAUGAAUUGAAUCAGUUACACUCUGCCGAAAGAGACAGUGACGUCACUAGAAUGAAAUCCACGCCUCCUCUUGGACGUUCUGUUGAUUCCAGAAAUGCAACGGGCAUCACGCCGCUAAUGAAUGCUGCUAUGAAUGGCAACGUUCAAUCCGUGAAGCUUCUGAUAGAGGAAGGAGCAGAUCCGUCCUUAAAGGACAACACAGGAUGGAAUUCGUUACAUUUUGCCGCACUUGGCGGAGACACUGAUAUCAUCUCUCUGAUCCAUACCCGAAUGCCGGACAUUGACUCAUUAAAUGGCAAGGGGGCGACGCCGCUAUUGGUAGCGGCUUACAAUGGCAAAUUACAUGCAGUGAAAUGGUUUCUCGAGAGAGGGGCAAAUGCAACCUAUGAAGACAAAGGGGGAUGGAAUGCUUUACAUUCUGCUGCGUCUAAUGGUGACCCUGAAACCAUUGAUCAUAUCCUUACUCACGUGCCGAACAUUGAGUCAAAAACAGCUGAUGGUGAAACACCUUUAAUUAUUGCUGUUCGUUGUCAAACGCUACAGGGUAUAAAGUGUCUCCUUGAGAGGGGAGCCAAUCCUUUGGCUAAAGAUAACGAAGGACAGGAUUCUUUAUAUUAUGCCUCAUCAGGUGACCCAGAUCUCCUGGGCUUGGUGCUGAGUCACGUGGCUAAUAGUGAGUCUACAACUGGCAAUGAUUAAUUCAGGUUGGUCUGAUAAUGUGUACAGCUCAUUUUAAAUCGUUUAAAUCCUCAAUGUCAAAAUGUAAUUCGCUGUUUUGUUUAUCAACUUUAAAGCCGUUGUAUUAACUAGUGGUUCUAGUGCUGUCACUGGAAAUUUUUAACAGACUGUGUGAUAUUUUAAGAUUUUUACCAGCUCAGUAUAGACCUAUGUGCUGUCAGUAAAGGUCCUGCGCAUAGUGACUUUUACGGUAUUGAAUAGUUUCUUUCAUUGAGGUCCACCUCUUGAACCUGGGUUUUCUGUGACAUGUUGGCUAAAUUUAAUGAUUUAGUUCUAUUAAGCUGGUUGAUUUCAAUCACUGUGUGCGUAACGGCAUUUUUCCCAGAAUUUGGUCGUCCAGCAUUUGAAAGCUUUCAUGAAAUCAAAGUUCUACGAGUCACCCGAUGACAAAAGUCAAUUGUCUGUAGACAGACUAUGUCAGACCACAGCCAUAAGCUUAAAACAUAUGAAUGAUCCGAAUGAAUGGUAAGUCGCGGUAUAAGUGCUGGCCUGCCAGUGGUAUGAGACAACAUAUAACAAAAUAUACAGCCUCUUAGUGCAGCGUGUUCUUGUUCAAUUGUCGAAGGAAUCUUCAUGUUUCUUCUUAAAAUACUCAUUGGUUUUGUCUUUUAGGUUGCAGUUUGCGUGGUGUUGUCAAUAUUUGGGGUUCUCGUGUGGCUUGUGCUAUACAGGAAAAGCUUCCAGUGUUGGAGAUUUUUGAAAAUGAACCCAAUCUGAUAACAGCCUGAAGUGUAUAUCUGAACUAUAUUACCGGUGAUUUUAUUUCUAUCGAGUCAAACAUUUUUAAAAUUGAUUUGAUUUUGUGCAUAUUUCACAAGUAAAAGGGUCUUUUUCAUUAGAACACAUUAUGUAACACAAGUAAUAGUGUUGAGUAACAAGUACUGAAAUAAUAGCCAUUAGUGCAUGGCAGUAACUCCCCCCACCCCACUCCAGAAAAGGGUCUUUACACUACAUAACAAAUGUUGUUUUCAGCUCUCUGUAUACAUGUGUGAGAAACCUGCAUCUUAGGCAUACCAAGACAGAAAACGGUUACAGGAUAAACCAAUAACUGCACAAAAUAACUUAGGCACAUGUAGGCACAGAAGAAAAAAACAAAGUUUCUUUCCAACAGAAAGCCCGAGUGAACGCAAAUAUGCGUCUAGUUUAAGAUGUUUUAAAAUUAAUACGAUUUUGGUAUAUUUUUCACAAGUAAAUGGUAUGGGGUUACUUUUUUGAUCAUAUAACAUUUUUUUCAUUAUAGAACACGUACAAAAUUACAGUUGUGUAGUUAUGUAAAAUUUGGAAACAUGAAC